UCUAAGAUUGUCUUUUGUGUAGGCCUUUGUAAUGGUGACACCAAGACUUAGAGAGAGAGAGAGAGAGAGAGAGAGAGAGAGAGAUUUAAAGCAAAAGCAAGCCAGGAGAGCCUUUGAAAGGAGUACAAAAGAUAUAUAGGUAGAGAGGUGGGUUUUGGUGGGAGCAGAGAAAGCAAGAGAGCAGAAACAGUAACCAACGCAGAAAAUGAAGAACCUUGGGAGCAUUGGCAGUAGUGGGAGGCUAUCAACUGAGGAAAAUGAAGAAGGGGAGAUCUCCAGGUUGGCCAUAUCUGCACUCGAAGCUCGAGAGGAAGAAAUUGAGAGGAAGAAGAUGGAGGUGAAGGAGAAAGUUGAGCUUCAGCUUGGCCGUGCUGAAGAGGAAACCAGGCGCUUGGCACAGAUUUGGGAAGAGCUAGAAGUACUUGGAGAUCCUAUGAGAAAGGAAGUUGCUGCGAUACGUAAGAAGAUUGACUUGACUAACCGAGAUUUAAAGCCAAUGGGACAGAGCUGCCAGAAGAAGGAGAAGGAAUACAAAGAAGCCCUGGAGGCUUUUAACGAAAAGAACAAAGAAAAAACUCAGCUAAUAGCUACAUUAAUGGAGUUGCUGACUCAGAGUGAGAGACACAGGAUGAAGAAACUUGAAGAGCUGAGCAAGAAUGUAGAAUCCAUAGAAUAAGAUAUUCAAUAGUAAUUAAGUGCUUUGGCUUGUGAGCUUGUACUUAAUCUUAUUUAAGAAGCAACUACUCCUCUACCCUACCAGACUCCUACUAGGGUCUCAUAACCACUGAAACAUUCAUGCAAUUCAAUAAUAAAACCUUCUUAUGAAGAUACACAUUAGCCUUA